AUGGCAGCAGUGAGCUCGGGAGGAAUAAAAGGUUCCUUGAGGUGGAUGGCACACGAACUCCUCGAAUUUUCCAGCGACAGUCGUCAUACAAAGCAAACGGAUGUCUGGGCAUUUGGAAUGACUGUUUAUGAGAUACUCGCGCGAGGACUGCCGUACGCUCAUUUGAGGAGUGACGCCCUCGUGGUGCGUGCCAUCACAGAGCACAUCUUACCUUCCUGUCCUCCUGGGUAUGACGAUUGGCAUCCUUUCUUACAACACGCAUGGACGAUCUGCGCAAAGUGUUGGAUAUCACCUCCCGAAAGGCGAAUUACUAUGGAAGGCGUAACGAACGAUCUUCGCUCGAUUAAGCACACAAAUGUCAUUAACAAUGCCACAACUGGUGACCUUUCCCAGACACAAUCGAACCAACAGGGGUCAGAACCGGCAUACGCAGGCAUGCAAAUAACUUUCGUCGAUUCUGAUAGUAGCUCAUCCGCUUCUGAUGACGAUCCAUUCGAUCAACAUGAAGGCACAAUCGAGCUCGGAAAUGGAGAAGCCGAAGCUCGACAUGAAGAAUACGACUUUGAUGACAAUGCAUAUGGGUACCUUGCUAAUGAGGAAUUUGGUUAUGAAGAAGAGGAAGAAGCUGAGCUCGACUAUGACGAAGCAUAUUUUAACGAUAACUCGUCCGAUUGA